GCUUUCGAUGAUACCCAGCAUCUUCCCUCCUAUUAAUUUCAACGGAGAACAUCAUCUCGGUACAAGACGAUGACUAGUGGUGCUUCUAACCUUUUCUCGGUUUCCAUGUCGUGAUGAUUUCUCCACUUCCAUGUUUGGGAUCCUGGUGCUGCAUUGCAGUGCACCAGUCAGUCUUGAUGAACAACUCGAUGUUCUGAGAGCUAGAGCUUGUUUGUGACGCCAGAGAGCAUCGUGUAAGAGAGUUCUCUCCAGCUCGGUUGUCGAUUGUGACAUGGAGAUGGGUAGUACUACUAUUACGCUUGGAUGGGCGGAGUACGCCUUCACCUUGGUGGCCUUGCUGGUUGGGUUCUUGAUGUACUUGUAUGCACCGUCCUGGGGAGUGAGGAAGGUGCCCGGGCCUCCGACGAUCCCCCUCCUCGGCCACCUUCCCUUGCUCGCAAAGCAUGGACCGGACGUGUUCAGCGUUCUAGCUCAGACCUACGGUCCCGUCUUCAGGUUCCAUAUGGGGAGGCAGCCGAUGGUGAUCGUUGCUGACCCAGAACUGUGCAAACAGGUUGGCAUCAAAAAGUUCAAGAGCGUCCCCAAUCGAAGCCUGCCUACUCCCAUCUCUGGAUCGCCUCUCCACCAGAAGGGCCUUUUCUUCACAAGGGAUUCAAGGUGGUCUGCUAUGAGAAACACCAUCAUCUCCCUCUACCAACCCACGCACCUGGCCGGCCUGAUCCCCACCAUGCAAUCCUACAUCGACUCCGCAACACGACACCUUUCCUCGACCCAAAAAGACGACGUGACCUUCUCCGACCUGUCCCUCAGACUCGCCACCGAUGUCAUCGGUGAAGCCGCCUUUGGCGUCGACUUUGGCCUCUCCGGAGGAAGCCCACCUGAUGGCGAGCGUAGCAAAGAUGGCGAAGUCUCUGAGUUCAUCAAAGAGCAUAUAUACUCCACCACCUCCCUCAAGAUGGAUCUAUCCGGCUCCUUCUCCAUCGUGCUGGGCCUCCUCGUUCCUGUACUCCAAGAGCCAGUCCGGCAGCUCCUGAAAAGAAUUCCUGGCACAGCCGACUGGAAGAUACACCAGACGAACCUAAAGCUGAGCAAGAGACUGGAGGAGAUCGUCGCCAAGAGGGCAUCCGAGCGGGCCAGAGGCUCCAAGGACUUCUUGUCGGCUAUCCUGAACGCCAGGGACUCCGAUGGAGCAUCGAGGAAGCUCUUCACGUCCGAUUACAUCAGCGCGCUCGCUUACGAGCAUCUCCUCGCCGGCUCAGCCACCACUUCCUUCACGCUGUCGUCGGUCCUUUACCUCGUCUCCGAGCAUCCGGAAGUCGAGCAAAAACUGCUACGGGAGAUCGAUGGAUUCGGCCCGAGUGAUCUGAUUCCGACUUUUGAUGACCUGCAGCACGAGUUCCCCUACCUCGAUCAGGUCAUAAAAGAGGCGAUGAGAUUCUACACGGUGUCUCCGCUCGUCGCGAGAGAAACAUCUCAGCCUGUCGAGGUCGGUGGCUUUCUCCUCCCCAAGGGUACAUGGGUUUGGAUGGCACCGGGAGUCUUGGCCAAGGACCCAAAGCACUUCCCGGAGCCCCACUUGUUCCGGCCCGAGAGGUUUGAUCCGGCGUGCGACGAAGAGAAGCAGAGGCAUCCGUAUGCGCACAUCCCCUUCGGAAUCGGACCCAGGGCAUGCAUCGGGCAGAAGUUCUCGUUGCAGGAGAUCAAGUUGGCGGUCAUACAUCUCUACCGCCGUUAUGUAUUCAGACACUCCCCGAGCAUGGAAUCUCCCUUGGAAUUCCAAUAUGGCGUCGUCCUCAACUUCAAGCAUGGCGUCAAGCUUCGUGUCAUUCGCAGAUCCGAAGCCUUCCAUGUGAUAAUCUAACCAAUGUAUUAUGGGUAAAAACUUAAAUUCAUGCACAAAUAAAAAUAUUAUCGUGCAUAAAUAAAACUUAUAAUUUGAUCCAUCGAUAGAUGGCUUAA